AUGCCAAACGACCCAGCCGCCACUGCACGCCUCCUCGAAGCCGCCGAGGCAACCUUCAUCACCACCCAAAUCCAAGCCGUCAAACAACUGCCCAGCUUUCCAAACAAUUCCUUUGCCGUCCAGCAGCUGGGUUCAGGCGUCAUAGCCACCACGAAGCCCGAGUUCGUGUGGAAACUGAACCAGGUCGCUGGCUGGGGCAUGGACGGGCCGGUGUCAGAGCACGACAUUGAGACCAUCGAAGACCAUUUCCGGAGGAUCGACUGCCCGGUGUAUAUCAACCUCUGUCCGGUCGCUCAUCCGAGUGCCUCCGCGUUCCUGCUGCAGAGGGGGUACCAGGUUGCCUGGGAGUAUAUGGCCGUUCAUGCCUUGGACCUGGCGGAGUGGGAGGACGACGAGAAUGCCAGCAACAUCGAAAUCAUCCGCGUCCCCGACAAUGAUUCCGAAGCGAUGGCAUUAUUCAUCCGCUUUUCAGUCGCCGGAUUCCUCGCUGGCGGCAGGUCAGCACACCUCCUCCAAGCCCUGGCCGAAGCUGCAACCCUCCGCCGCGAUACGAAACUCUACAUCGCGAAGAUAAACGGCGAGGUAGCUGGCACCGCAGCGCUGGCGUUCCUGGAUACAGCUUUUGGCCGCGUCGCCGAGCUUUACAUCGAUAGUACGCUUCCCGGACACACGGGGAAGGGCGUGCAGACGGCGCUGUUGAGGGCUAGACUGGAUGAUGCAAAAAAGGAAGGCUUUGAUGUAGCGGUUGUGACGGCGAGGCCUGGGAGUGGGAGUGCGAGGAAUGCGGUGCGUGUUGGGUUUGGGCUUGUUUAUUCGAGGAAGACGUUUUCGAAGCCUACUAGGGGGUCUGGAUAUUCUAGGGAUAGGGAUAUGGAGACUUAUCACCGAGCAUGA